AUGACACCGGCUAGUAGAGUUAAAAUCUACACUAGAACUAUUGACACUUCACUCAAAUUAAAACCGAACUGUCGGUCGCUGCGGUUAGCGUGGCUUUUAUACCGCGCGUAUAAAGUCGAAAACUGUCUGGAGAAAUCUCGAAACCGACUCUGGAAGCUUCGUGUAUCUACCUACGCGAGCAAUCGGAAAUUCGGGACUAUUGCUAUCUCGCUUGCUCGAACAAUAUACCCCGUGGAUAAACCGCCACCGCGCUGCCGUCGUCGCCGCGCCGCCGGCCGCGGCGCUUCCUCAAGAAAACGAAUGUAA